GCAGCCAAACGUGUCCUGCAGCGAUGUGAUUCAAUGUUUUAGCCGCGGACUGAUGUUUGGCAGUACCCUCCCAAGCAGUAGGUGGCGCUAAUUCACUAUAACAGCACGUUUACGUAUUCCGGAAGAAGACAACACGGAAGGCGCGUUGUGUGCAGGAAACAUGUCGAGGCAGCUGGGAGACAGCCAUCGAAGGUUUCUACAGACCAUGAUGGCCAUUGGCAUCACUAAUGAACAAGAAGCAAAAGCACUUUAUCAGCACUGCUGUGAAACACACAAGACACCAUGUGUUACUGACAAAUUGGACGAGUUCAUUGAAGCCAUCAAUUCCAGGCUGCAGCCCAUGUUCAUGCAGAUUAGAAAAGGCAUGUCUGAGGAAAAUGGUCUCCAGUACUACGCCUUGGUCAACAUGGCGGAAACAGAUAUCACCAGAAUGACGUCAGAUUACGCUGAAAACGAACUGGAGCUGUUCAGGAAAACGAUAGACCUAAUUGUUAGCUCUGAAAAUGGGAAGGCCUCCUCCACUGACAUACUGAACAGCACCGACACGAUGACCUCUAAAAAGAUGAAGAAGAGUGAAACAGAGCACCUUCUGACUCGACUUGUGCAGGACAAGUGGCUUUGUGAGAGGCGUGGGGAGUACACUCUGUCCACUCGAUGUAUCAUAGAGAUGGAGCCAUAUAUUCGUGCAAUGUUUCAAGACCAGGUCAAAGUGUGCCACAUCUGUCACAACAUCGCCUUUCAGUGCCAAAUUUGUGAGAAUCCCUCCUGUGGAAUAAAAAUCCACAACCCGUGUGUGGCCAGAUACUUUAAAGGAAGAGUGGAGCCACGCUGUCCAGCUUGUGAGGACUUUUGGCCACAUGAAAUCCCUGAUGUAAGAAGACUCCAUUCUCAGUCUAAGAAAUGAGGACUUCCAUGUUGGUUGUUGUUUGUUUUGUAAAAUUGUUUAAGAUUUUUAACAAAAGCUUGAUUUUAAACAUACUGUAUAUUUCCUUUAACUUUUAUGCAAAUAAACUAGAUUGUCUUUAA